CUAGGACAUUCGAACAAAUCCUCACAAAACUAGCAAUGCCUCCCAGACUACCACUCAUUUCGGCCAUCAAGGCACCGAGCGCCUUGAUGGCCCGGAUCGCGCGCCCGUUCUCAUCGACUCCCGUCGUUGCCCAGUCCUCCGGCUCCGAUCCGAUUAAGAAUCUCCUGAACCUCGACGAGAAGCCCCCGGUGCACUCAGCCGACCGUAUCCGCGGUCUCAUCAACAACGGGAGCAAGGCCCGCUUGGAGGGAGCUGCAGCUCGGAAACGCACCAUGCUCGAGUCUCUCCGCGAGAAGAAGGUCAGCGAUGACUACGUGAAGCAAAUGCCGCGUCGCUGGCGUACCGGAGAGGUAUACGCGCCGCACGACCUCAGCCCUCUCGAGAUGGAGAAAUGGCGCAGGCAAAAGAUCGUCACGACUGAUGUCAUUGACUUGUUGGGAAUCAACCCCCUUGACCACUACAGAAACUUCUCAAUGAUUUCUGAGUACAUGACGAACUUCGGACAGAUCAGGCACUACAAGGACACGGGACUGAAGCCGACGAACCAGAGGAAGAUGGCAAAGGCAAUCCGGAGAGCGAUUGGUAUGGGUAUCCACCCCAGUGUGCACCACCACCCCGAGCUGCUGAAGAAGAGGUUCCGCCUCAAUGCGUCGUGGAAGUAGAGAAUUUGAAGCAAAUUAGGGGUUCGGAAGGCUUGCAAGGCCUGUGGGUUUGUCUGCGGACAUUGGUAGUGUCUCCCGUGUAUGAAUUGUACAACAUCUUGGCGUCUAUUAUAAAUGUACAGAUACAAGAAGCUCCUCCAGUAUUUAUUGUACACAUCAUGCCUUCAGCAUCCGCUGUAGCUUGAACUUCUUCAGUUUUUCGGGAGUGUAAUAGUAGCGGAACUUCUCCACCUCCGCCCAUUCCUCUGGGAACUGAUUCUUGGCCCACGCCUCGAACUCUCGCUGCAAGCCUUGCCCAGGCAAUGCGUUAAAUGGAAUGCCAAGCCUGUACGGAGGUUAGCUACAAAAUUUGGCAGAGAUGAAAAGGAUAUACUCACG